AUGACUUCAGCUAGACAACACCGAUAUCUGUUUGGCGGACCCACGCCGUGGUCUGAAGUCGAAUGGACGUCAUCCGAUGAUCGGGUAAGGGGAGGCAAAAGCCAGUCCUAUCUUGACUGUUCAUCCAUCACAACGGCUCUGUUCCAUGGAAAUUUGGACAUCACUGCUCUAGGCGGCGCCGGCUUUGCGUCUCAACGGACAGCGACCACCCAAUCUUGGAACUUGACCGACUACCACGGCCUCUCCAUCCACACUGGCAAGAGCGACGGCAAAAAGUACACAUUGACCCUCAAGGACGAGACCCUGCCAAAGCGACCCGAUGGCAGAGAGCAGAGCACAGUAAGUUGGGAAUAUGACUUUGUCCCUAAUUGCAAUCACGGCGAGCUCUUCGUGCCCUGGGACGACUUCAAGCCGACAUAUCGUGGAAGGCCCAAAGCUGACGCCCCGGCUCUGGACCUGGCUAACGUGCGGCGUAUAAGCCUCAUGAUGCGAAGCUUCUUUGGAAGCCAACACGGCGAGUUCCGACUCGAGAUUGACUGCAUCGCGGCAUCCACCACAUCUAGGAGCCACCAAGCUUCAUCGCUCAUCAGUUCGUCAGGAGACUCCCUAUCUUCUAUGGAUGACCUAAAAGGGGAGAAGGACACCAAACGGCCGGUGAAGUCUUCGUGGUUUGGCUGGAUGUGUGGAUUCUUCAAGUAG